AAAUAUUGAAAAUAACAAAAAAAUUAAAAAAAUCAAAAAAUCAAAACCAAAAUAAAUUCAAUUUUUUUCUGUUAUUUGUGAAUGUGUUUUGUGUUUGUCGCGUCAGAUUUACGUACGUAUCGUCGUCGUUUUGUUGUGUGAUAAUCACAUUUGGCUCUCUUCUCGAAGAAUAAAAAACGGAAGAGAAUAAAAGAAAACAAAAUCUUAAAUUGUGAAACAAAAUUCUUUCAAUCUCCAAAAAUAAAAACCUGCAAAAGGAAUCCAAAAAUUCUUCUAAAUGUAAUUAAUGCAAAUCAAUCUGUUGUCAUCGUCUUGUAAUUGUUGUAAUUGUCCCCGUACCCCCCAGGAGAAUCAUUAGUAUCACUACUACUACGACUACUACCAGACAACAAAAUGACCACAGAAAUCCAGGAGAAAUUCAGCGAUCACAUUAAACCCCAUCAACAACAGCAUAAAUCCGCCAGUGGCAAUGGACGUGCCGUCGAUGAGGGCGGAGGAGGAGGCGGAGGCGGUGGCAAGACACAAAUGCCAGCUGCAACAACCACAACAGCGGAACCCCAAACGCCCUCUGAAAUCAGCAACAACAUGUUGUUGGCGACAACGACAAAUGACGCAGGCGCUAAUGAAUGCUCAAGCAGCAGUGAUAUUUUGGAUGCCACCACUCCAAACAUGAAAUCCAAAACCAAAUCCAAAUUAAUUUUGGCAAACAAUAACAACAACAACAACAAAAAAUGUCAACAAUUGCUGCAAACAUCUGAUGCCGAAGAAGGUUUCCUUUCCACCUCUCCGGACAGCGCCAACGAGGAAUUGUUGCUGACCAGCAAAUCGAACAAACAUCAAUCUGGCAACAAUGAAAAUGAACUCAAAACCAAGAAUAACGAACAAACUGUAAUAUCCUCCACCGGUGGUGGUGGUGCGGUUACCAACCCCACUGGUGUUGCCCCACCCUUGCCCCCGCCCUCCAUAUACAAUUGCAGCAAUCCCAAGGAUUGUGUCAAUAUCAAACACAUUUUGGAGUCCUUUAAGGCCCCCCUGUCGGAGGAGCAAGCCUGGGCUUUACUCUAUCAAUUUAUGUCCUUAUAUCGUCGUGUCGCCGCCACCGGGCAGAGGCACAUUUUCAAUGACUUGGAAAUACCUGAGUCUAUGGAAAAUAUGAGCUUACAUCGUGAUGGCAGAGUCCACUGCAGCUGGAGUGAGGUGGAACGCAAGAAACGUGAAAGGGUUUUGCAAGAGCAACGCCAGCAUCAGCAGGAAGCCGAACAGAGUGGUGAUUUCAACCAUGCCCAGCAUAUUGCCUCCCAUAAAAAGGUUCUACGAAAUGUGGCCGUCGUCGUCUACAAUGCCCUGGAUUAUAAUUUACAUGAAGAUGAACAGUGUCAAAUGUCCCAGGAGUUGGAAGAACUCAUUACCCACAUGACAGAAGAUGAAACCGAAGAAGACGACGAUUGUAUCGAUGACUGCAUCGAUGAAGGCAUUGACGAGGGCUACAAGCGUUGGGAUGAUGAACACGAUGAAACCAAAGAAUUCGAUUAUGUCUUAGAGGCCUGCAGAAACCACAUAAAACCAACUGUACCUGAAGAACACUACAAAGCGGUGUGUCGAGCUUUAGUAACCGAAACCCUAGAAUUGCGAAUAUUCCUGCAACAAGUUUUGAAUAGUGGUGCUGAUAAUUUACAUUUAAAAGCGGAUAACCAGACGUCACAGCAGGAGUUGGCCAAAUUUGAUUUCAACGAUUGGGCCCGCUUUUGGGUCCAGGUCAUUGAUGAGCUGAGACGUGGCGUCCGCCUGAAGAAGGCCAACUAUGAGAGAGCACCCAUCGAAUAUGAAUUGACACCGUAUGAAAUUCUAAUGGAGGAUAUACGUUCCAGAAAAUAUCAGUUGCGCAAAGUGAUGGUUAAUGGUGAUAUUCCUCCACGCGUGAAAAAAGAUGCUCAUGCUCUGAUAUUGGAUUUUAUUCGGUCACGACCGCCUCUAAAGAAGGCAUCGGAACGUCAACUCCCACCGCCCAUCAAGCGAACACCAUCGCCGCGUGAACAGCUAAUGGAUUCAAUACGCAAGGGUCGGAAAUUAAAACACAUACCAUCGCCAACAUUACCCCGCCUUAAAGAUCGAUUGCUUCCUACUUCUACCACAGCAACAUCGUCGGCCACAUCGACACCAGCUUCAGCCUCAUCCCAGCAGCACCAGCAGCCGCAACAGUAUAAACUGCGCGACUCAUUGAAGCAGCUGCAGGAGCCCAACGAAAUCCAUGCAACACCGCGUAGCAAGCAGCGUAUAAUCAAAGUGGAUUUCUCAUUGAUUGAGGACGACGAUCCAUGUUUCGACGAGACCUCGUUGGCCUCGACAACAUCGUCGUCAUCGACAAUGGUCGGCGGAGGACAUCAACAGCAGCAGCAGCUCAAUCAUAGCAUAGGCGUAUGCUCACAACCGAAAAUGCCACCCUAUCCAAUUGGAGGCUAUAUGAUGAGCGAUGCCACCAACGCCUCAGGCUCAGUACUGACAGCUAAAGGUGCGGCAAUGGCAGCAACAACCAAUAAUAGCAAGAACAACAGCAACAACAACAGUAGUAAUACGACCACAACACAAGUGCCCACAACGCUGACAACACGUGUUACGCGUCGUACAACAAAACCAGAAGAUGUCGUCGACAAUGAUGAUGAUGAUAAUGAUGUUGAAGAUCCCUAUACAGAGGAUGAAUAUCAUAAAUUCUUUGACAACGCCUUGGAAUCCUAUGAUCUGGCCACCCAGUGUGAAUCGAGGCGGGCAUCUCAGCGGAGACAUACCAUUGUGGGAUGCCAAAGCAAUUUGGAUGAGACACAUUCAAUGCCCACAUCAAGGCCUGGAUCAAGGCAAUCCGAUGUACAUAACACAACUGUUGGAGCCGGUGAUAGUGUGAGCGCAGCCAAACAGCUACACAAUGACUACAAUCAACAGCAAGAAAGCCAACAACAACAGCAGCAGCAGCUAAAGAGACCCCAAAGCCCCAACCAUGUGCCGGAGGAGGAAGAGGAUGAGCAGAAUAAUCGCAGCGAUAGUCGUUCGUCAUCCUCGUUAGGCCCGUGGAACAAAUCCUUUAUGGAUGAAAAAACCUGGAAUGAACGUGGUGACGAUCGCCUCUCACUGACCCUGGAGGAGAUUGUCCACAUUCGUUCGGUUAUGACGAAGGCCGAAUUGGAGGGCCUUCCCGUUGGUAUACGGGUCAAGGAGGAUGUCGAAAAGCGAAAAAUUUGCUUUCUCUGUCUGCGUACACGAUUCUCAAUAUUCGGACCCUGGGGUAUUCAGUGUAAGAUAUGCCAGCGUACCGUGUGUUCCAAAUGUUAUACCAAAAUGCGCAUCCCUUCGGAACAUUUUCGCAAUGUUCCACUUGUGCUAAUCUCACCCUCAUUGUUAGCAAGUCCCGCUGGUUCGAGCACACCCUCACCAUCGCAUCAUGCUCGCUAUGCCCAUUCCUCGUCAACGGGCAAUAUUUUGGAUGAACAAUUUCCAAAGUCCCUAAUUGAGAAGCUAAUGGGUUCAGAGGCUCAGCGUAAGGCCCGCAACUCGGUGGGCAGUGCACCAUCAUCCCCCAAACACCAAAGAUCCAACAUGAGCACCCCUGGCAUCAUGGCCGGCGGUGGCUCCGGUGUUGACGUUGUUGCUGCUGCUGCUGCAGGUCAUGCAGUCGAGGCUAUACACGAUACAUCUUCCACCAUGACCACAUCAUAUACGGCUGGCACCCACUACCAUCAUCAGCAGCACCCGUAUCAACACCAGCAAUCAUAUCAUCCCCAGCAUCAUUAUGCCUCCAUGGCCAUAGCCAAUGGUAUUCAGUAUAACAGCAGCGGUUGCAGUGGUAAAGAGAAUCAAGCCACCAACAAUCGUCACUUUAGCAUAAUGUCACGUAGCAUGGAAGGACCACGUAGUUUGCCAGUACAUAGUCCAGCAUCGAGACCGCAUUCGAAUAGCAGUACAUUGGAUCGGAAAAGUAAAUUCUCUCGGGCCUAUACCCUUUCAUCGUCCGGCACCCAGCUGAGCCAAGAUCAAAAGGACAAUGUGCGCGGUGAAUUGGUGCCCGUGUGCAAUGACUGUCGCGGUUUGGUUAUGGAAAUUUCACGGUCAGCCAAACAGAAACGCUCUUCAGCUCGUAAUCGAGCUAUAAAAAAUCUAACAUUGGAUCUGUCUCCGGUGUGGAAGUGAAGAGAUGAAACUAAGCAUUAGGACAGCAAGAGAAAAAACAAGAAGCUGGAAAAUAGAAUAUUAAGCCAUAGCAUAAGAUGAAAAAAGAGAUAUGGUUAAGCAAAGCAAAAGUUUUGAACUUAAACUUUUUUGGACUAUGGGCUGGCUGGCUGAAUAGAAAAGUUAACAAAUAACGGAGUUAGCUUUACAAAGGA